UUGUUUCUGUCAGUGCAAGUGACCCGGAUGUUGUCUGAAUGUCAAAGAUGGCGCUCCACAUGUCACGGUGAAUUCUUAUCCGAUAGCAAGAGUCAAAGAUGUUUUCGUAUUUUUAAGGGCUUAACGUUUUACCGGAUGGUAGCACGUUGACUGGACUUUUAUUUUAAUUCAUGAAGUAAAAGAAGCUGAGAAGGAGAUGGCUUUGCGCGUAAUCAGUCGCAGUGUACGGUUGUUAGGUCAAAUUCAACGAUGUCGUCCAGUUAUGGCUACAAACCAGACAGUAUUUGUUUUAUGAAAGCUGUCUGUUGUCCAGCACGGUGUCUGAGUCAGCCAGCCUCUCAGCCGGAGCCCCGCGCACAUGACAAUGAAGCCGUGAACCCGACAUUUGUGAACAGAAACCCCCGGAACCUGGAGCAGAUGGCUCUGGCUGUGAAGGACCGGGGCUGGAAGACGAUCUGGCCUCACCGGGAAUUCUACCACAGGUUGGAGUUUUCUCGCACCCAGCACCAUGUAACGGCACACGUGUUCUCCAGCAGCUCUCCUGUCCCGGUGCUUUCCUGUUCAACCAAGGAGUGGUCACUGAAGAAAGAGCUGGCUUCCACAAGCUGCGUGGCAGCGUGCCAGGCUGUGGGUGAGGUGCUGGCACACCGAUGCCAGCAGGCUGGCAUCACCAGGAUGGUGUACAGGGCUAUUCCCUGGACGUACCGCUCUGACGCUGUUCAGUCAUUUAGGUCGGCAAUGAAAGAGGGAGGAAUCAUCCUCAGUGAACCCAGAAGGAAAUACAUCAGUAUCUGAAUUUAGAUGUCAUCUAUUGCAUCUAUUGUUUUGUAAAAAUGUCCCCUGUAUCCCUUAGCCUCUACUCUUUUGUGAAUUAUGACUGUACCGAUAUAAAGAUGAUGAAAGUAAAGGUUGCUUGUUCCUGGGCUUUGUCUCUUGUAGAUAAAAUGUUUCUGAGCA